GAAGCCUUAGAGUCUCCAGAAUCAGAUAAAAGACAAGGUGUUUGUAUUGGAUUAAGUGAAAUAAUGAGUACAGCUGGAAAAAUACAAGUUAUUGACUAUGUAGAUUCAAUUAUCCCGGCUGUUCGAAAGGCAUUGGUUGAUGAAUCUGGCGAAGUACGUGAAGCAGCGGCUCAAGCUUUCGACACGCUUCAGCAACAUGUUGGUGAUAAGGCAAUUGACGAAAUAUUGCCUACUCUUCUUAAUUCCCUUCAAUCUGGAGAAGAUUCUACUUAUGCAUUAGAAGCUUUGAAAGAAAUAAUGACAGUGCGUGCUAACGUAGUAUUUCCAGUCCUUAUACCUAACCUCAUAACUGUACCUAUUACCACAUUCAAUGCUCGUGCUCUCGCGUCUUUGGUAACAGUUGCAGGUGCUGCUCUUAAUAAAAGACUUUCAAAUAUUUUGAAUGCUCUUAUGGAAUCUUUGAGUAUAGAAACAGAUGAUUCUGUAGCUUUGGAGCUUCAAGAAACAGAACGUGCAUUGUUGCUUUCUAUAGACAGUUCCGAAGGUCUACAAAAUUUGAUGACAAUACUUUUUGAAGCAGUUAAGAACGAUGAGCCUGCUAAGCGGGCUGGUGCCUGCGAUAUUGUUACAAUCUUCUGUAAUGAGACUAAGAUGGAUUUUUCAAAAUACACAGCAGAAUGGAUACGAGUUUUGGUAUCACUUUUAGAUGAUCAUCAAAUAGAGGUAGUCAAAUCUGCAUGGAAUGCUUUAAGUGCUGUAACUAAAUCUGUAAAGAAAGACGAACUAGAACAAUUGGUCAUACCUCUUCGUCGUUCAGUGAAAAGUGUUGGGGUUCCUGGAGUUGACUUACCAGGAUUUUGUUUACCAAAAGGAAUAAGCCCUAUCCUACCAAUAUUUUCGCAUGGAUUGAUGUAUGGUACCGCUGAUAUUCGUGAACAAUCUGCUUUAGGAAUUGGUGAUCUCAUUCAACGGACUUCAGCUGAUGCUCUCCGGCCAUUCGUGACACAAAUAACGGGUCCUCUUAUUCGUAUCAUCGGUGAUCGUUAUCCUCCUCAAGUGAAGGCAGCUAUAUUGGAAACAUUGGGUAUACUACUUACAAAAGUUUCUGCCCUCCUUAAACCUUUCCUUCCACAACUUCAACGAACCUUCGUCAAAUCUUUGACCGAUCCAACAAGUGCCCUUGUUCGAUCACGUGCAGCAACAGCUCUUGGUACUCUGAUUUCAUUGCAAACUCGUGUAGAUCCUUUGAUAUUAGAAUUGGUCACCGGAAUAAAGACGAGUGAGCCCAGUGUACGCGAAACUAUGCUAAGCGCUUUAGAAAGUGUUGUAAAUAAGGCGGGAAAUAGUAUGAACGAAAGUUCAAAGAAGGGUGUUCUUGAAGUAAUUGCAAAUGGAAGAGAUAGUGACUUGUUCAGCACGUCUUUUUGGAAGUCUGUGCAAGCAUAUUCCACACCAAGAAGCUAUGCCUCUCAUCACGCAAAAAAUUUUAACAUUUAUGUUAACAGAACCUACGUUUUAACAGGAGAACCGACACAAAGCUCGCUUUUAGCCAUUAAUGCAAUUCUAACAGAAGCUCCGCAGAUCUUUUUCGAUUUAGGAAUAUAUAAUGAAAUCGUCAAUAUUGUAUCCAUAGGUAGCAAAAGUAAUCAGCCUUCAAUUGCAGAUAAUGCUGUCAUUGCAGCUGGCAAAAUUAAUGAUUUAAACAAUAAUCAGGCAACCGAGCUGUGA